ACAAGCCCAGCCCACAGCUUCGGUUUCUUUCACGUGUAGUAUAUAAAGGUCUAGUAAACAACUGGGAAGGUACAGUUUGAUCUAAACUUGCAAAGCAUCAACAUGAAGUUCAUCAUUCUCGCUGCAUUGGUCGCCGUGGUCGCUUCUCAAGCGUACCCCAAGCCGCAAUACCCCAAACCCACUUACCCCGAGCCAUCAUACCCAAAGCCCGCUUACCCCGAGCCAUCAUACCCAAAGCCCGCUUACCCCGAGCCAGCAUACCCUAAACCAGCGUACCCAUCUCCAGCUUAUGCCAAGACCCCCGAAUACGCUCCGAUGCCCUACAACUUUGCCUGGGCCGUUAAGGACGAUCCUUCCUACAAUGACUACGCUCACCAGGAGACCGCUGACGACAAGGGUUACGUCACCGGCUCUUACCGCGUCCUUCUUCCCGAUGGCCGCACUCAGGUCGUCAACUACAAGGCCGAUGAUUACACUGGCUACGUUGCCGAUGUCAAAUACGAAGGCGAAGCCAAGGAGUACAAGCCUGCCUACAAGCCAGCAUACCCAAGCCCCGCUUACCCAAGCCCAGCAUACCCAAGCCCGGCAUACCCAAGCCCAGCAUACCCCGCUCCUAAAUACCCAACCAAAUAUUAAGAGAGUCCAAUUUCGAACAAAGUUUCAAUUAUAAACUGUAAUUUAUCUCGAAUUGAAAUACAAGUCUGCCAUCGAUAAAA